UCUUAACCGUAAAGCUCUCACAUCACACGAAAUGAUCUCUGCCUCUUCAAGUAUUUCAGUAAUUUGAACACUCUCUCAAGCUGUGGCAAAUCAUAGAACCAGAGGAACCAUCAUAAACCCCAAGUACUAUGUUUCGUAAUAGAUCAAAUCCACCAUUGUUUCUUCUUCUUGUGGGUUCUGUUUUCUCUCUCUUUCUCUUUACAUCUUCUUCACCAACCACUUUCACUUCUCAUCUUCAGACUCUAAAUUUUCCGGAGGCUGUUAGUGAGAGAGUGGAUGGUAGAUUGGUACCAUGGGAGAAAAGAAGGCUAAGUGAAGAAGAGAAUUCGAAUUCCACUCUGAUAUUGGCUGCAAAAAGAACUCGAAGAAAAGACCCAUUGAAUAGCUUUAAGCGUUACACUGGUGGCUAUAAUAUCAGCAAUGAACAUUACUGGGCUUCUGUGGGGUUAACAGCCGCUCCUUUCUUUGUAAUUGGUGGAAUUUGGUUUGUGCUCUUUGGACUGAGCUUGGCCUUUAUCUGUCUCUGUUAUUGCUGUUGUAGAAGAGAACCUUAUGGCUAUUCUAGAAUGUGCUAUGCUCUCUCUCUCAUUUUCCUCAUUCUCUUCACAGUUGCUGCAAUUGUUGGCUGUGUUGUUCUCUAUACCGGUCAACAGAAGUUUCACAGAAUUACUACACACACAUUGGAUUAUGUUGUGAGCCAGGCAAAUGUUACUGCUGAAAACCUCAGGAAUGUGUCAGAUUAUCUUGCUGCAGCUAGAAGUGUUUCUGUGAAUAAUAUGUUUCUGCCAGGCAAUGUCCGAAACAGCAUUGGUGAUAUUGAAACAAAGAUCAACUCCUCUAGCACCAUUCUUUCCAGUCGUACUCAAGAUAAUUCUGAGGAUAUACAAGAUGGUUUAGAUAGCAUGAGAUUAGCUCUUAUUAUCCUUGCUGCUGUAAUGCUUGCUUUGGCAUUUCUGGGAUUUUUAUUCUCCAUUCUUGGGCUGCAGUGUCUUGUAUACUUCCUGGUGAUUCUUGGGUGGAUUCUUGUUGCGGGCACAUUUAUUUUGUGUGGUGUAUUUCUUCUUGUCCAUAAUGUGGUUGCAGAUACAUGUGUUGCAAUGGAUGAGUGGGUCCUGAAUCCCACUGCUAAAACAGCAAUGGAUGAUAUAAUUCCUUGCGUGGACAAUGCAACUGCUCAGGCAACCUUGCAACAAACCAAGGAAGUGACUUACCAACUUGUCAAUAUAGUUGAUGGCAUCAUCAAAAAUGUCUCCAACAGAAAUUUCCCACCACAGGCAGGACCUUUUUACUACAACCAAUCUGGUCCUCUGAUGCCUGUUCUUUGCAACCCGUAUAAUUCUGAUUUCACAGAUCGGCAAUGUGCUUCUGGUGAAGUGGACCUAAACAAUGCUACCGAGGUGUGGAAGAACUAUACAUGUCAGGAUCAAUCUGGAAUUUGCAAGACGCCUGGUCGAGUUACUCCCAGUUUGUAUAACCAAAUGGCAUCUGCAGUAAACUUGAGCUACGGGUUGCAUCGUUAUGGUCCUUUCCUGGUUAACUUGGAAGACUGCACAUUCGUUCGACAAACUUUCACUGUCAUCAGUAGCUCUUACUGUCCUGAUUUAAGGCAAUAUACUGAAUGGAUCUACAUUGGUUUGGUGAUGGUAUCUGCUGCUGUAAUGCUGUCGUUGAUCUUCUGGGUAAUCUAUGCAAGAGAGAGAAGGCAUCGCGUUUACACCAAGCAGUUCAUGUCUGGAGGCAUGGAAGGCCGAGACAAGGCCCCAUAAAAGCUGCGUUAAUUUAAGUUUGUUAGCUUGGUCUAGUCUGUGUAUACCUGUGAUAGUAUGCAUUGGAAUGCUUUGGGACUUUGUACAUUAUACAAGCCCUUAGGAUUGACUAUUACUCAGUGUAGCUCUUUUCAGAUGGGUAUGUGCUAAACUGUGACAUGGAUUGGCUUCAACAUGAGAUUUCACUAAAGUUGAGAGAUCA